GUGUGUGUGUGUGUGUGUGUGUGUGUGUGUGUAUAGAAGAGAAAGGAACGGUAAGGCGCAAUUGUAGGACCCCGUUCAUCUCGCGCACACAGCGAUUGGAUUUAAAGGGCACGACUUCUGCGCACACAUGAAAUGCACCUAUUUGUUUUGCACUGAACCGAUUUAUGUAUCGGAAUUAGGAGUCGGAUUCUGUUGUUUCAGAUCAAAUCGGAUCGGAAAAUGAUCCAUUGAUGCGCCUGUGCGGAUCUUAAGGACUGCUUGAGCGAGGUUGGUCUUAAAAGAUCUGGAGAUCUGUUUUACUCCACCUUGUUAUGAUCUGUAAAUGUAAUAUAUAAGAACAAUUUAAACACUGCACACGAAUGCACAGGAUUGUUUGGGUCUAUUCAUCUAUAAAGCCUUUCUCAAAGUUACUCUUAUUCCCAUGUUGUGCGGACCUGACGUUGCAUCGUAUUUGUUGGGACUUUGACGCUGCACCGUGUUUGUGGGGACCGUGACGCUGCGCCGCUUGGUGGGGACCUCAUGGCUGCACCGUUUCUUUCUGGUAUGUAAAGCUGCCCCUUGUGAGGACUUUGACGCUGCACCGUUUUGUGGGGACCUCAAGGCUGCACCGUUUCUUUCUGGUAUGUAAAGCUGCCCCUUGUGAGGACCUGGCACUGCACCGUUUCUUCUGGGGACCUAUGUGACAGCGUCCCCACUUCGCUGCAGACCUGCUACGAUCGUCGAGUCUGAUGUUGCGGUCUGGCUCGGAGGAAUGCGCCCUUGGCUGUAAGUGUGGGCUUGCGCAUAUAGCCUUGAUGUCGGACUCUGAACAUAAUCAGGAUCGGGAGCAGACGUAGGAAAAAGCUCGCAUGAGAAACGGCUAAGGAGUCGUAUGUUCAGGACGAGACGCGGCGCUCUGGUUCGGCGACUCUGGAGAAGCCGUUUGAUCGCAGACGCAGUGGAGGCCGAUGGAGGCUCCAAGAGCAGAGAAGAUCCGGAGAAGGUCUCCGACACGGAGGGGGCUGGAGAGGAGGCGGGAGAUCCUCGAGGAUCGAGCAACACCCUGGCUUUGGUGGAAAGUUCAGGAUCAGAGGUUUUUUUAGACCAAGAACACAUCCAGGUGGACAUGUGUGUCCUGGACCGGCAUCCAGUACUUACAUCAGAGGACAGUGAUAGCAGCACAGUGACCUGCUGUUGGUUUAGAAGAGAUCAGCACUCUCAGGACCGUGAUGGACUUGGUCCAGGAGAAUCAAGAACUCGUACCUUAUUUGAACAAGAACUCGAAAGGUGUACCUAUGCACUUCUUAAAAAGUUGAAACAGAAGCCGUUGGGCAUCUUGUUAGAGGCAGUGGAGUCCAAAGGGGCGGUACUGGGCGGUUGUGUUAAUGCGCCCCAAGCCGAGCUGCAAGUCAGCAGCCAUGUUGUGUCUCCUCAGUACCUGCUGUGUAGGUUUUUUCGUUGGCCAGACCUAAAGCUUGCAGCUCCACUCAAGGCUCUGUGCCACUGUCAGAGUUUUGGGGUGCCCAGUGGAGAAGCAUCAUGCUGCAAUCCCUAUCAUUACAGCCGCCUUUUUGGACCAGAUUCGCCCCCUCCUCCGUACUCACAGCUCUCCCCCAAGCUAGGACAGGAGUCUCUGGAUCCGUUACAGCCAGCAUUACCUUCUACUGAGCUCGAGGCGACAGUUUCACCCAGCAGCACACCCGGGGACCACUCAAAUGCCAUCACGUCUCCCUCUUCACACGGACGUACUCACUGGUGUAACGUGGCAUACUGGGAGCACCGGACCCGCGUUGGCCGCCUCUAUCCCGUGUACGACUCCUCCCUCAGCAUCUUUUAUGAUCUACCUCAGGGCACAGGCCUCUGUCUAGGCCUUCUGCCCAACACGGGCCACGCAAGCUCCUCGGUCCAGCGGGCCCGAGCCAAGAUCGGCCACGGCAUCCUGCUCAGCCAAGAGGCCGACGGCGUGUGGGCCUAUAAUCGCAGUCAGCACCCUGUGUUCAUCAACUCGCCCACUCUGGAAUUCCUCAGUUGCCGUAGCCCCACCGUCACAAGGGUAAUGCCAGGCUACUCCAUUAAAGUGUUUGACUAUGACAUGUCAUGCCAAAUCGGGCACCGGGUGCACCGGGAAGGCCCGUACGAUCCAAACAGCGUGAGGAUCAGCUUCGCCAAGGGCUGGGGCCCAUGCUAUUCGAGACAGUUUGUAACGUCAUGCCCUUGCUGGCUUGAGAUUCUGCUUAAUAACCACAGAUAGCACAGAGACGACCUCACUGUGCCCACUUACUUAAAAACUCACCCUCCGACACAGGCACACGCAUACAUUCACAGUCCCUAAAUGUAUUUUAUCUAGAUUUAAUAUAAAGUUUUAUAUAUGCAUAUUAUAUAAAGGACAUUAUAUGUGUAAAUAAUGAGUUCUUUUUACAGUGUAAUUAUUUAUAUAAGGUGCAAUGUGUAACGGGCAUAAGGAAAAAAGAUGUUCAGGUGAUGCAGUUCAGAUUCUGUGCGCUCACAUGGAAUCUUUGCCAUUUUUUGCUAAAAGAUGUGUACAGAGAACCUGGUUUUGGUGUAUAGUUUUCAUACAGUCAAUACCCAGAUGAUAAGUACCAUCGCCAUAUUGAUAAUAAAGUAUUCAAGAGUAUAA